UGCAAAACUCUUAAAAAAAAGUUUAAUCACUACUGUUACUUUUCUGUUUGUUUUUUUAUUACCCUUUAUAUCUAUCUUUGCAACUUUCUAAACGGGAUUGUAAAAAGUAUUAAAAUCACGGAGAUAAAUGAAUUUUCCACAGUCACUGCAGGGUGGUUUUAUAACUUCUAAUCUGGGAGGACGUUCUUCCUUUGAUUCCCCUAUAAAAAAGGGGCAUAUUGAAGGGACUAUAGAUUGCUGCUUGCCGGUGACCAUAAAGCAAAUGUUGUUCUCCGCUAAUAAUGAACAGGAUGAGGUCCGCAUUGACGGGAUUAUCCCCUCACAGUUAACUUUUGUUGGCAUGAUAAGAAGUCUCACAAGAAAUUCUACAAAUAUCGAUUAUCUUAUUGAAGAUUCGACCGGAAGUAUCAACGUUAGAAUGUGGUCGGAAGGGGAUGAUAUUGGAGUUUAUGGUUCAAAAGGGAAUGAAUUUGUUGAAGGGAGUUACGUCCGAGUCUUUGGGAUUUUGAGAAAUUUUUUAGAGAAGUGGUCCUUUAAUGCGCAUCAUUUUGCGCUUGUCACUGAUUACAAUGAAAUUACCUUUCACCUUCUUGAAGUUAUUCAUACUCACUUGCUUAACGUUCGAGGCUCAGUCAUAACAAACGAAGGGCUGACCAGCGGAAACAAUGAACUUUUAAACAGGGGCGGUUAUUUCCCCCAACAAUCACAAUAUUACGAGCAGUUUGAAACAGAGCUGCAGAAGCAGGUGUUCGAGUGCGUCUGUCGUGGAAAAGAGCAGGUUGGCGUCCCAAUUCAGUCGAUCAUUCAGGAACUAAGACACUCCAACGAAUAUGAGAUCAGAAAUGCUGUUGAGUUUCUUUCUAACGAAGGGCACAUCUAUUCAACCAUCGACGAUGAACAUUUCAAACCGACGGAUGAGGAAAUCUAUUAA